CAGGUAUAUCAAUUUAUCUAUUAGUAAUUUAAGAAAUUUUUUGUACUUGUUUUUUUUUUAUUAGUGCUUGCUUGUUUGAUGAUCUUUUAAAAACAAGAAAAGGUCAAACUAAUAUAAUAAAAAAAUCUGUAAAACAUAAUAAUCAACAAAGGAUUCCACCUUCAUAAAAAACUUUUGUAAAAAAGAGUAAUUUAAACUACUCAAACCCACCACCCUACUCUUUCUCAGCAGCGCGAGCUUUUCGCAUACCAAAAACUAAAACUUUUUUUCAUUUUCUUUCCCCUUCUAGCUACGCAUAAAAAUCCCGCUUUUAUGAAAAAGAAAUCUAAGAGAUAGUCUCCAAGUGAGUCUUAUUUGAAUGUUUUAGACACAAUCAAUAAUGGGAAUAACUAAGAUUCACGAGUUUAUCCCUCGUUCCUCUACUAAAAUCCUUCAUUUUCAAUUAGUUUAUUGCAGCAAUUUGAAACAAGAGAUGUUUCAAAGCCGUACAAGAAAUCUAAGAAAAAUAAUCAGCAGGAGGAGGAGGACAAACAACUCAGUUGUGGGAGACAUAAAACCAGCUGCGAUAUUCAGAAAUUUAAUUAAUUGAAAAAAAAUAACAAUUAUAUUUAGAAUAUCGAAUGCAAAUCUUAGAAUUCAAGUAGUUAUGUGAAUAAAAAAAAUAUUACUGCUACUAAAAAUAAUAAAACGAUUACUGAUGUGAGUAACAUCGCUACUAUUGAAAAUAGCUAAAAUAACAACAAUAAUUCAAUAAAUAUUACAAAUAAUAUUAAUUCUAUUACAAAUAACAAUAACUACAUUCACUUCAAUUAUUCUUCUCUCUCUAAUUAAAAUUUCAUUAAUUUCUCUAAUAAUAGCCAUGAGUUUAUCAUUCCUUAAUCAUACGCUGAUAUUCCAAAUUCUUUAAAUCUUAAUUACGAUCAUAUAAAUUCAUACAUUGAAUACCCUUCCUAAAACACCAAUAAAUCUCUCCAUUUUUCCUUUGAAAAAAGUAAGAUGAUUGGCAGGACUAAUUCUUCUUAUGUUUAUUCUCUGCAUGAUGAAAACAAUUAAGUUCUUCAUCGUGCUUUAAAAUUAUAACUACAUCCCAAAUUAAAAUAAACUAACCAAAUUAAUUAAAUUGGUUAGGAUCAAAAUUCCUCUAUCAUUUCUCACAAUCACAAAUGUGAUUAAUUUGUUUAAAAAUGUAUGUGUGAAAUGCUAAAAGAUGAAUGGAAUGUCCUAUAAAAAAUGGAUCAUCCUCAUAUCCUCAAGGCUUUCUAACUAUAUGAGAACAUUGAAAUCGAGCCUAACAGCUUUUGCUGUGCAAUCGAAAUGGAAUUAGCCGAAUGCAAUCUCCAUUAACUAUUAGCUAAAGUUUCUUAGCACAAACAGUUCUGCUUGUCAUUCGCCAAAAGAAUACUUUUAGAAGUCACAUCGGCCCUCAAUUAUCUCCAUAACAACUCCAACUACACCCACAACGAUAUCAAAGCAGAUAAUGUUUUCAUAUUCUGUGACGACACAACUGGUUAAUAUUUUACAAAGCUUGCCGAUCUCGGAACAGCAAGAGAGUAUUCCAAUGAAAAUCACAAUAGCUCAACAUUAUUUUAAAACUGGAAAAUUCGUAACCCCGAUUACCAGCCCCCAGAGAUCAUAACCUUUCUCAACGAAGCCAAAAACAAAGAACAAAUUGAUAAUGUUCUUGGAUUUGAUGAGAAAAAAGCUGACAUAUUUAAUUUAGGCACACUCUUCUUUGCCGUUUUAUUCUAACUUCGUCCUUUCAGCUGCAGAGGAGCUACUCAAAACGACCCUCUUUACAAACUCAUCUUCGAAAAAAGGUACCAAGAAUUCUGGAGCUAAGAAAAAUUCUAAAGAAUGCUGAACCAUUGGGCAACUGAGUAAAACGAACAAGAUAUGUAUUUAAUGAUAUAACUCAUCACCAAUAUGAUCUAGUAAGACCCUUCUUAAAGACCAACAAUUUAAGAAGUCCUUCAAAAUCCUUGGUUUUCUUAAGACAAAUCUUUGCAACAAAAAAUCUGA